GAAACGUAACUUACGACUCAAGGGCCCUGGCAACACUGCGUUGAUCAUUGAAGUAAAAUGUCAUGAGUUUAAAAACAAAAAAUACAACCUUGAAAUCCGCAAUCCGAAAAAAAAAAUAUAUUUAAUGUGUAAAGUAAAAACAAAACAUAAUAUCAGUGUUUUGAAAAUCCUUUGAAUUACAGUUUUAAAUUUAGUAAAAUAAUCUAAUAUUUACUUUAAAUAUGGCUCAAUUUAGACCUGCCGGUCUGUCUGAUGAAGACACUGAUAGCGAUGAUUAUGGAUUUUAUGAAAAACCCAUAAGAAAUUACAAUGCUUAUUAUAGUACAAAGAAGAAGAUAGAAAUUGAUUUGCAAGAAGCUAUCAUAAAUGGUAAUGUGGAGGAUGUAGAGAAAAUUGUAACUGGUGAUUUAAAUAACAGUGUGGAUAUAAAGCUUGACAGUGGCUGGACUCCUCUGAUGCAUGCUUGUUUCCAUGCGCAGGAUAAAAUUGUCAAAUAUCUGUUGGAUAUGGGUGCAGAUGCGAAUUUACAUGCAGAUUCUGUAACACCAAUAAUGGCAGCAUGUUCAAACAGUAGUGCAAGCAAUGACACUAUUCUCAGUAUUGUAAAUAAUCUUAUUUGUAAAGAUUGUAUAUUGAAUAUUGGUGAUAAAUAUGGACAGACUCCUCUUAUGAGAGCUAUCAGCAGUAGCAGAGUUGCUGUUGCACAAAAAUUACUUGAUAUGAAUGUCAAUAUUGAAAUGAGGGACCAACAAGGUUGGACUGCUAUAUUUUGGGCAGUACAUCACAAUCAACCAGAAAUAUUAGAAAUGCUUAUAAAUAAAGGGGGUCGGCUUAAAGAAGUAGACAAGUCUGGUAGAACAGUAUUAGACAUUGCCAAUUCUCAUGACUACCAGAACAUAGUUGAUAUACUUAAAAAGCACCUCAAUGUAAAUGAUGGAGAUGAAACAGACAAAACUACAUUUUUUGACAAUGAAGUUAAGUCAUGGCAAGACUAUUAUCCAGGAAUUGAAAAGGGAGAAAAGCCAAACUAUUCACAUGAAAUACCUCAUUUCCUUUAUGGCAUGCACUGUGAGAGAUUAACACCCUUGAUUAAAAACAGCGGGAUGGAUUUGCGUACAUUUCUGCUGUUAGAAGAGAGUGAUAUGAUUAAAUUAGGAAUUGAUAUGCCAUAUGAACGACAAAGACUGAAACGCGGAUUGCGUAGUUUUCACUUGAGAGGGUGGAAAUUGAAUGCAGUUUCUGGGUUGUACACAAAGAAAGUAGAAAAUUUUAGUGUAUUGGAUUGUUUAACCACAUUAGGGAAUCAUUUACAACAAAUUUACAUUUUGGAAGCUACCUUACAAUAUACGUUACGUGAGUACGGGAAAAUACAAAACCAAAUUAAAUUCGAGCCUCCUGACUCGCCUAUACUUGUUAAAACUAAAACAGCGGCCAAAAAUAUGAUAAAAAACAUUAACAGUAUUAGAAGAGAAAUACGUAAUAUGAAGUACAUACUUAACAAAAUAAGCCGAAAUAAUCCUCAGCCAGUAGAUAUCAUAAGCGAGCCUACCGCCCAAGAAAUAGCCGUAGGAUACCUAACUGAAGUUGUGAUUGUGUGUUCCAUAGGUUUUUUACUAUACCAUGCCAAAAAUUUUAUUAUAAAUUCGUUUAAAAAAUAAAUGUUACUUUGGUAUUUUCUUCUA